AUGGCACUCUACCCCCUCCUGGUGCUGGUGUUGGCAGUAUGUGUAAGAUCCUGGCCUCAGAUAUCCUUCAGCGAUGAUGUUGUCGCCCGCGAUACUCAAGAUCACCUCCGGGCUCUGCCGUACACCACUCGAAGCAAUGUCCUUGCCAGAGGUCAGCUCCCCGUGGUAGACAACGGCAACGACAUGUCCCUCUUGACGUUACCUAUUCCGGAGACGAAGAAGACGAAAGUGAGGAGAACACCGGCUGAGAGGAGGCAGUUGCCCGUUGAGGAGGAACUAGGCAUGGAUGCUGUGACAUUGCCCGUUGCGCGGUUGCGAAAGACAAAGGCGAAGACCCCGAGGGCCCUUAGUCUUCCUGUUGAUGAGGAUGUGGGGGAUCUAGUUACUCUACCGGUUCCGAAGACGCGGAAGACGAAGGCAAAGGCGCCGAGAGGAAUCAGUCUUCCGAUUGACGAAGAUGUUGGGGACCUCGUUACCCUUCCUGUUUCGAUGGGUAGGAAGAACGGUACUUCGAGACAGACUCCCAAUGACGGCGCUGGAUCCUCGGGCGUCUUGACAUUACCCGUCGUGCACUCGACGAAACCUGGCCUCUUUAAGCGUGCGGUUGAGCUCGAACUAGCAAAUCGAUCUGACGUGGCCUACUACGCACAAUUAAAUUUUGGCACUCCUCCUCAACCCAUCUUCGUACAACUCGACACCGGCUCCUUUGAGCUCUGGGUCAAUCCCGACUGCAGCAUUCUUCCCGAUCGAGACGUGAGAUUCUGCGAGGCGGUUGGUUACUACGAUGCCGAGGCCUCGACGACAGCCUCCAAUUUCUCCGGAAACAAGACGUUGAGGUACGGCAUCGGAGCCGCCAACGUGACUUACAUCCGAGACUCCAUCGGUCUCCCAGGAAGCAACGCCGUCCUAAAAGACGUCCAAUUCGGCGUCGCCACCGGCACAGAAGACCAAUUCGCCGGCAUCCUCGGCAUCGGCUACGGCGAAGGCGUAACGACCCAAUACCCCAACUUCAUCGACGAGCUCGCCUCUCAGGGCGUCACCAAAACCAAAGCCUUCUCCAUCGGACUCGGUAGCAAAUCCGACCAAGAGGGCGUCAUCGUCUUCGGUGGAGUCGACACGGCCAAGUUCUCGGGCUGGCUGGCCCCUUUACCCAUCAUCCCCGCCGCGCAGUCCCCCGACGGCGUGCCGAGGUACUGGGUCCAGAUGAAGGGCAUGUCGCUCGAGGCGCCGAAUAAGCCGUCCCGGAAGUAUCCCGGUUCGAGCACGCCGGUGUUUCUAGAUAGCGGGGCUACGCUGUCGCUGCUGCCGAGGGCGUUGACGGAUUUGAUUGCUGCGGACUUUGGGUCGGCUGGGGAGGAUGAGAAUGGGUUCUAUGGUGUGGAUUGUAAGUUUGUCGGGUAUGAGGGGACGUUGGAUUUCGAGUUUGAGGGCGUUACGAUUCGGGUGCCGUAUCGCGAGAUUAUUAGGGAGUUGAGUAACCCACCGAGGUGUUACUUGGGGAUUGUUGCCAGCGACGACUUUAUUCUCCUGGGCGAUACGUUUUUGCGAUCCGCAUAUGUCGUCAUCGACGCUGACACAAAAACGACAUACAUGGCACAAUACGCCAACUGCGGCGCCAUGGUCAAGCCAAUCACCACCCCCACCGAUAUUCCUACCUUCUACGGCCUCUGCGGCCUCACCGAGAAUUCAGUCGUCCCCGAGGACUCCACCGUCACGGCGCAGGCUGACUCCACUACACAGCAGGCCAGCGACGGAAGCCGGCCAGCCAUGAACGCGGCACUGGCCCUCGGCACUGUUGCUGCUUUCGUUCUGGCGAUGAUAUAG